AAAAGAAACGUGUAGAAAUGAGAGAGAAAACUACAACUCCCAGAUUUCCUACAUGCCACCGAUGACGCAGUCAAAAGUGGACCAGCACGCUCCCUCCCACCGAGAAACUGUUAGACUUUAUAGUAUUAUUGCCUAUAUUGUUUACUUGAAACAUUUAUCCAUUAGUUGAUCACAAAGUCGGCGAUGGCUGCUCCGCUGAAAGUGUGUAUUGUUGGUUCAGGAAACUGGGGCUCUGCUAUUGCAAGAAUUAUUGGCUCCAAUGCACAGAAACUCCAGUGCUUUGCCACAACAGUCAAGAUGUGGGUGUUUGAAGAAACGGUCAAUGGGAAAAAGCUUUCUGAGAUCAUCAAUACAGAGCACGAGAAUGUCAAGUAUCUUCCAGGCUACAAACUCCCAGAGAAUGUGGUUGCUGUGCCGCAGCUUCGGGAUGCGGCGGAUGGUGCCGACCUCCUGGUUUUCGUGGUCCCUCACCAAUUCAUCCGGAAACUGUGCGAUGAGAUGGUCGGCUGCGUUUCGGAGAAGGCUCGUGGAAUUACGCUAAUCAAAGGCAUAGAUGAAGGACCAGAAGGAUUGAAGCUCAUCUCUGACAUCAUCCGGGAAAAAAUGGGCAUCGAUGUCAGUGUCCUAAUGGGGGCCAACAUUGCUAAUGAAGUGGCGGCAGAGAAGUUCUGCGAGAGCACCAUUGGCAGCAAGGUGUUGGAGAACGGCCACUUGUUCAAAGAGCUCCUGCAGACGCCUAACUUCAGAAUCACCGUGGUGGAUGAUGCUGACACAGUAGAGCUCUGUGGAGCCCUCAAGAACAUUGUUGCAGUGGGCGCGGGCUUCUGUGACGGUCUGCAGUGUGGAGACAACACCAAAGCAGCCGUCAUCCGGCUGGGCUUGAUGGAGAUGAUCGCGUUCGCCAAGCUCUUCAGCAAAGACGAUUCCGUGUCCUCCGCCACAUUCCUCGAGAGCUGCGGCGUGGCUGACCUCAUCACCACCUGCUACGGAGGACGAAACCGUCGCGUGGCAGAGGCGUUUGCCAGGACAGGGAAGAGCAUCGAGGAACUGGAGAAGGAGAUGUUAAAUGGACAAAAGCUUCAGGGACCAUUGACUUCUGCUGAGGUUUAUCACAUCCUCAAACAGAAGGGCCUAGUGGAUAAGUUCCCCCUGUUCACGGCUGUUUAUCAGAUCUGUUUCGAGGACAAACCGGUUCAGGACAUGAUCACUUGCAUGCAGAGCCAUCCAGAGCACCUGUGAGUGUCUCAUGGGGACCAGAACCCCCGGUGACUGCCCUCCCUUGUCCACCCACGUCCCCUACAGUCUGUUAGGUGCUCCUACCUCUAACACUUCUCAUUUUCUUUUAUAUACACAAACAUUGUUAGAUUUUAAGCUUCUCUUUUCCAGUUUUUGACCAAUGGUUAGGCUUGAACUCAGGGGUUUGCCUCCGACCUCGCAGGUUUUGUACAUGACAGAAUGUACUCCGUUUUUCUUUUGGAAAAGCCAUGUGUUGUUCACUCUGUUUGAGCCAAUAUGGAGUUUUUAAACUAUUUUCUCACUGUCUGACUGCCCUCUUGUGGAUAGUCCACAAUAUCACCUCACUGACAGAUGAGAUGAAAUGCCUAUUUUUAUUUUUUUUAAAUGACCAUAGAGAGAUCUAAUCAUAAACGUUCACUCCACGUCCACAUUGAGAGCAACACGACGCGACUAGAACGCCUCCGUUAUAAUCAAUGAAUAGCAUGAGUGUUAAUAUCAUGUUGAACCAGCACAAUACCACUAUCUUUAAUAAAAGAGAAAACGGGCUCAAGGGAACAAGCUAGGUUUAAUACUAAGUAUACACUUUCAUUAUUUCAUUUCUGUUUGUUUCAUGUUGAUAAAUGUCAACUUCCAUUUACACCUAACAUUUUGGGAGACAUUAGAUUUCUUUAAAUGUGAAGAUGCCUUACUGGUCAGGAAGAUGAAAGUUCUACUUUAAUGGACUCACUUUUGAGUUUUUGUUUCAAAUUUCAAUAUAUAAGGGGUUCAAAUCUGUCAUCUCAACUUCCCAGCAACACCCUUCUAUGACUGGAAACUUGUUACAGAACAACAAUGUUGACUACAACUUUUAUUGUGUUAGUGUUAAAAUAAUGCAAUGUUGCAUAUCUAAGCUUCAGGAAUGCAUUAACAUUUUGUUUGAAUCCUCUAAUCGUUGAUGUAGUAAUCAUUUUAGCAUCCUGAAAAGCUGAACAACAGUUCACGUUAGUACUCGCAUCUUUAGUUGUACUAUGAAAAGAAUGAAGGAAUGAGAUCUGUAUUUUUUAAACAAGGGAUCUUGAUAGGUGAGCAGCUAGUGUUUGAACCCAUAAUGGCCUUUUUUAGCACUGUACUGUGCUUACAAAUCGGUUGGGUCAUACCUAACCUUAACACUAGAUUUGCUUUUUGCAUGUAGCUGUUACAGUGUGUCUAUUAUUCCUGUGUUGUUUUUAUUUUUUCAGUGUUCAUGUAAGAGUUUGAAUCAUUUAAAAGUAUUAAACUGUGCAAAUGUCGCAGUGUGCUCAGUGUAACACUCCAGUGGAUGAAGUAUAUCAAACUGCUGUUGUUUAAUGACCCAUCCUGUGUUCUCUCCUCUGAGAAUGUGAUCAUCUUUGCAAGUUGUCCAAGGCUGAACUUUAAACAAAUGCUGCUUUUGAAAGUAAACAAUACAAUAAUCUCUGUGCUAAAU